AUGUCCUGCGAUUACACCAUCGUCGAAAGAUGGGUACCCAUUUACGGUGUUAUCACUAGUAUCAAAUAUGUCUCACUAUCUAAACAAGGCGCUGACACCGCCAAUGUAGUUGAGUUCGGAUGUCAUGACAUGAACGCGUCACAGGUGGUUAUAGUCGCGAGAUUGUAUUGGAAAGAGUUCUCAUCUUGUAGGAUGAAAGGGCAUUCGCAUCUGGUAUUGAAUUUUGGCGCUGAUGAUAUUCUUCAGACUGCCCUCAGCGAAUCACUUUCGGAAGUGAACUGGAAUCAGAGCAACGCCUGGGAACCUCGAUAUUGA